AUGGACCUCUAUGAUCAAGUGCCAAAGAGCAAGUUGGCCUUUCUUCCAGAGCAUGCUUUAUUGCUGGAAUCCUCGAGAGACCGUAGAAUUACAGUGACAGAUCUGUUAACUCUUAAACCUGCUGAGCUUGCUAAGAUCCUGCCAAGGUCGAUAAAUGAUAUUGCUCAGUUUCAGCAGGCUCUGAAAAGCGAAUACAAAGAAGUCAUAUUCGGACGGAACAAGUCCCGUCGACUGGUUCAAGAUACAAUUGAAAUAUUCACUUCUGGAGACGUGGAGAUAGAUAGAGUGCUAGGUGGAGGUAUACGCACUCACGGUAUCACUGAGAUUUUUGGAAGUAGUUCUACGGGUAAGUCUCAAUUUCUGAUGCAAUUGUCUCUGAGUGUUCAGGCAUCAGUUGAGCGUGGUGGCCUGAAUGCCAAAUGUGUUUUCAUCACUACAGAGGGCAGCAUCUCAACAAGAAGGCUUGAUGAGAUGAUUGAUAAUAAGUCCAAACUUCCAGGAUUUGAAUUACUUUCCCAAAAUAAUAUUUUUACAGUGAACUGCAACGACCUUGCCAAUCAAGAGCAUAUUCUUCAGGUUCAACUGCCGAUUCUCUUAGAAAGAAAUUCUGAUAUCAGACUCGUUAUAAUAGAUUCGAUCUCACAUCACCUUCGAGUAGAGCUCGAAAGAAAGACUUUCAGAGAAUCGCAAGACAACAGACGCUAUAUUGACCAUAUGGCUCAGGAUCUUCUGAAACUCGCCGCCGACCACUCACUAGCUGUGGUGGUGGCUAAUCAGGUGGGUGACAAACCAGUUCCCGAGCCUAGCACGGCCAGCAACAUGACCGAUGGCGUUUUUACCGACUACAGCUAUCAAUUAGGCUGGACUGUUGGUUGGAAAGAUUCAAGCAUUUACUACCGCCAAGUGAGGGAAGGCCUUUUGCUGGACAGUAACAGCAAAGUACAAACUCAGCCGCGUGAAAACAUCGAAAACAUUCUUUCUGACGAUGAAGAGUACAAUGUGGUUGCAGAAGCUGCAUUUGCUCGGAAGCGACCGCUCGACGGAGAAAAUACCAAAGGGGAGGUGAGAAGCGCCUCGCAACCUCUGCCAACUACUCACACGUCCGAUAUUAAAGUUUCAUCACCAAGGGUGUUUUUCCCUUCCUUGGGACGCAAACGCGCAGUGGAAACCAAAGUUCCUAAUCUAGGCCUUUCCUGGUCGAAUCACCUUUCUGCGAGGAUACUACUUUCAAAGAGCUACAAGGCGAGUCCUUCAGUUAGAAAGGGAGAGUUUAAUCUUAAUGAAAUGAUGGACACCAGCAAUUUCUGGCAAGUACGGCGAACCUUGCGAAUAGUCUUCUCAGAGUACGCCGAGAAACAAGAUAUUGACUACAUUAUUUCAGCAGAAGGGAUCAAGAGCGUAAAGCAAGUCCAACAGGACCAGCUAGAAUCUGGGGCUAGCGUCAAUUAA